AUGGCGGUGACCACCUUCUCAUCCCAGCUCCAUGAGGUCCUGAGGACCGUCCGCCCAGCUCGGCAUCAGGUGGAGUCGGCCACUGAACGAGAAUCCGACACCAUAUCCGAAAAGCACCCCCUCACGGCUUUGUCGGCUCUUGCGGCUCAGCUUCAGCACCGAGGUCGAGAGAGCGAGGCCAACGUUCUGCUGCAGGUAGUCAGCAUUGCAACUGCAUCUCCGGACUACGGUGGAAUGGCACUUGCCUGGGGACAGUCUGUACCGGAGGAAAGCCAGAAAGACCUGCUCCUACUGGCAUCUGCAUGGCUCGAGUCUUUGAAUUCUGCUGAGAGAUGCGGCAAACCUCUGACACUGCUAAAGACGAAGCCGGCAACACGGCGUCCUAUGAAUGUCACCGAGAAGAUUUUCUCUCUACAUGAUGUUACCCACCAGGGCUCUGUGUCCACUGGAGACACCAUCAGAGUAUCUGUGGACUGGAUCAUGGCUAGUGAGGCUAGCUGGCAUGGUAUGCUCCAGGUCUACAACAAGCUUGGCGACCCAGGAAUCUUCCGCAAUGACCGAUUCUGGCUGGCAGGGGAUCACGUCGUGGACCCUCGGCUGAUGGACACGCCGCUGGUGCAGAAGCUGGUCGGCGAGAUGGACGUGGCUCGGAAACGGUUCAAAAUGACCCAGUUCCAGGGCAACAACUACACCAUCAUGCACACAGAGUUCCACAGGGAGCGAGCCGAGCCCGGCCAGAUCAUCAUCGGGUCCGACUCCCACACAUGCAGCGCCGGCGCCGACGGGUGCCUGGCAAUCGGCCUGGGAGCCACUGAGGUCACCAUGGCCCUCGUCACCGGCGAGAUCUGGUUCAAGGUGCCCGAGGUGGUCGAGAUCCGCCUCGUGGGCCGCCCUGCGCGUGGAAUCGGCGGCAAAGACACCAUCCUGUACAUCCUCAAGGAGCUGAAGCGCAACACCGUCGCCAGCGAUCGCGUGGUCGAGUACACCGGCCCCGGCUGCCGUUGGUUGAGCGCAGACGCGCGUUUUGCCAUCGCCAACAUGACUACCGAAUUCGGCGGUAUCACUGGCAUCUUCGUGCCAGAUGGCGUGACAGAGCAGUUUGUCAACUCUCGCAAGACAAGCCACCACCGAUCCAACUCACGAUACUUCCGCCCCGACCCAGGCUGCAGCUAUGCGGCAUCGCACACGAUCGACCUCUCCAAGGUAGAGCCUUUUGUUGCGAAGUAUCCCAGUCCCGACGACGUGGUGCCCGUGUCCGAGGUGGCCGGCGUCCAUCUGGACGGUGUCUUCAUCGGCGCGUGCACCACGGCCGAGGAGGACCUGGUGGUGGGAGCUCUCGUUCUGCAGGCUGGGCUGGACGCGGGGCUGAAGCCUAGCUCGCGAGGCCACCGCCGUGUUGUCCCCGGGAGCAGACCCAUCGCGGACUUCCUGCGCCGCACUGGGCUUGCCGAUGUCUACGAGCGCGCGGGAUUCACCAUAGGCCUUCCCGGGUGUAGCUACUGUGUCGGCAUGGGCGCCGACAUGGCUGCCCCCGGCGAGGUCUGGCUAAGCAGCCAGAACCGCAACUUUGAGAACCGCAUGGGCAAGGGAUCUUUCGGCAGUCUGGCUUCUGCUGCUACUGUUGCAGCCUCUUCGUUUGAUAUGACCAUCACGUCUCCAGAUUUCCUGGUUUCCCUUAUCUCCGAUUCUGUCUGGGAGAAGGCAAAAGGUAAAGGGUCAUUGCGUGACAGCAUUUCGCCCCCUGACCCUCACUGGGUUGAGCCUCCAGGGCUUGAUGCUGAUGAGGGACGCCAACUCGAUUCAUUCCAGGCUUCUGAGGGGCCUGAUGGACCCGAGAAUGGAGAUGAGCCUGCUUCUGGGACAGCUUCGUUGGGAACCAUCAAGAGCAAAGUUUAUCGGCUGGGAGACUUCGUCGACACAGAUGCGCUUGCACCAGCGCAGUUCCUCCUGACGUCCAAGGACAACCAGGAACUCGGUGAGCACUGCCUCGAGCGCACAAACCCCGAGUUCCGGCAGCUCGCCAAGGAAGGGCAUAAGGUCAUUGUCGGUGGCCACGCCUUUGGCUGCGGGUCUAGUAGACAAGAAGCUGUUCAGGCCCUGCUUGGCAUCGGCGUUGAAUGCGUCAUUGCUCAGAGCUUUGCCUUCAUCUACAGCCGUAACCAGCCGUCGCUGGGGCUGUGGGGGCUCACCCUACAAGACCCGCGCUUCUACGAGCUGGCUGAGACCGGCGCCGCCAUCGAAAUCGACCUUGACGCCAACGAGGUCCGGAUAGGCGGUGAAAUCUUCCCCUUCACCCUGUCAAAGAUGGAGAAGAGCCUGACCCGCCUCGGCGGGAUGACCAGCGCCUUCAACAAAUUUGGCAAGCGUGUCUACGAUGUCCUGACGAGCGGUAGUGGAGCAAGACCCAGGGCCAGAACUGCGAAAUUGUCUAAUAAGGCUGACAACUUAGCCUGGUAGUUUCGUUGAGAUGGGAA